GAAGCUGCCGUUAAUCGUACAAUAGAUCAAUUACUCUACGUUUACGGAUGUGAUUCCAAUAAUCUUAUUAAUAUACCCAUUGCUAAUAGAAAGAAAAUCGCUUGGGUAUCUUUUGAUUCAAAGGUGUUUGAAGUGAAACAUGACACAUAUCACGUCACAUUAAUAAAGGAUGCUGGUGCUUAUCCGCUUGUUAGUCCAUCCAGCUCUAUUGUCAAUUCAACUGAUGAACUGCAUUCGAUCAUUAAUAAUGCUACCAUUGUCAUUGAUGAAUCUCCAUAUAUUGCUAGUUUUGUUGCCUGGCAACACUCUUUUGGUUAUUAUCCAGAACAAAACAGUAGAGAUAUUCCUGAUUUUAUCACUCACAGACGUGUAUAUCGUGUGAAUAGAUUUGUGAAUCAUGAUGGAUAUUUUGACUGGUCUGAAAGUGCCGCUGCUCGUCCUGAUAUUGCUUUAAAAGAUUUGAUUGCAAUUCAGUAUCCAACAUAUGAACCUUCUUAUGACACAAGGUGGCUCCAUCAAUUUAGUGAUCCUUCAACUGUCUUAACUUCAAAUAAUUGUAUCGAUCCAAAUCAACCUCAGAGCUUUUUAACUUGUAGUGCCAAAAACUUUACUGGCGAUUCUCCUAUAGGUGAUGGUUCUAAUAACAAAGGCAAAUCUGAUAGUGCUAGAAAAUUAUCUCCUUUGGCCGAAACAUUGAUUAUUACAUUUAGCAUUCUUGCCGGUUUGGCUGGAUUUGGCGUUGGUACUUGGUUGGUCCUUAUCGCUAGAAGGAAACAUCAAGAAAGAUUUAUAGAAUUAAAAGAUGAACCUGAAGUUCAAAUGUCUAAUGUCGAUGAAUCCACAAAAACUUCUGUAUAA